UUAUUGAAAAUGUGUCCAGAUUUGCAAAUGUAAGAAACAAAUUGCCCAAGUAUCAGGGAACAUCUUAAUACACUUAAAAUGUUGUUUAAAAAAUAAAAUAGUGAUGUAGACAUUUGACACAUUAGCUUUCUCAUCUUACUUCCUUCCUCCAUCCCAUUCAGGAGCAAGUUUUAAAACUCUCGUUUUAUGUCCUUUAAACGUGAAACAAACACUGAGAAAAAAAAACCAACAACACAUUUUCUUUCGUGCAUUUUUGUUGUUUGUUUUGUUUCUAGUCCAAAAUGCUCAAUCAAUACCUAUUAUGUACACAAUUGCAAAACAUUAAUAAAAUGUAUUUCUUAAAAUGUCUGUAAUUUUAGAAACACAGUUAAUAAGCAUGUUUAAAAUCCUACUAGUGUCUGUUGUUCACCAUGAAAGUAGUAAUGCCUCAGUUACUACAAAAAACAAAAAAGUCACUCCUGACCCCUGUUACUCCCCACCCUUUUACGGUUUUGCUUAGUAAAUAUUGCACUGCGUCCAUGCUAUUCGCUAUUUAUUAGCAUUAACUUAUUUUAAACAAUCAAAGCUGACUAUGUAUAAUAAUUUGAUGUCGUCGGUGAAUGGUACCAGAAAAGUAUAAAGAACGCAGGGCGUCGGGAUGCAUGUUAAUGUUUUAACAUUACAAAUGCAUUUACUUUCACUGUUGAUCCUUUUAUUGAGACGAAUAAAAUGACAUCAUUUUUAUGCUACAUUGGAAUAGUAUUGUAUGUCGACCAAAGUGAUGACUAUCAUGACAAUAACAGCAGCAGCAGCAGCAACAACAACAACAACAUCAACAACAACAACAAUAGUCUCUUCUCUUAUGGAUCUUGACACUAGAGUAUCUGAAAGAUUGCAUGAAACUAGCCACGUUUCUACUGUCGUGCCUAAAGCAAGCGAGUCAAGGCCAGUUGCGUUUACACUGUAACUUCCGGGGCCUAAUCGGGCCGAAUCAGGGCUCUCUCGGGGCCAGCGGCCCGCCGAAUACCUUUGCCCCAAAGAGGGACAGCUGGGCCUUCGGGGCGGAGUGAGAGGCGGAAACUAGUUUUCGGAUCGCACACGAGUACAUGCGCCAAACAAAAAAAAACAAAUAAAAUAAAGAAGGGAAAGAAAACAUCUGGCCUUAUAGGCUAGGGGUCUUUUUGCGUAUGAUCACCCUUAUGUUUCCCUUUUAAAUGCAUGGCUGUUGCGAGAAAUAAUAAAGGUCGAUAGACCGCAAUAAUCUUUAUUGUAUAAAAAAGCCCUGGUUCGCACAGUGCAAAUGCAGCUAUUGAAAAUGAAUCAUGCUUAAAAUUCAGCUUGACUUCCAUUUACAAGCAAUGCACAUCAUUUUAACUUUCUUUUCACCAUUUAUAUGACAAGAUGUACUUCUCCGAUGAAGAGCUGGACCUUUCCCUGGAGGAAACAGUGGAAGUCAAACUGAAGACGUUGGAAACCUUUGCCAUCGAGGAGAUCUCCAAGCUACAGGAGGACACCAGGGUCCUCCAGGAAGCAGCAGAGAAAGCAAUGGAGGGAGACGUGGCUGCCUUGAAGGCAGACCUGGCCUCGCUUAAAACGCUUGUUGCGGACCAAGAGCAACAGCUGCAGGAACUGAGGGAGAGGCUGGAAAGGAACAUUGGGCCUGAAGUCCUAGACAUGCCCUCAACUUCGGGAGAUGACAACAGCGCGCAGAAAAGGAAAAGAGAAGAGGAAGAGCUUGACGUCCACUUGACGGAGUUUUGGCCCGAGAACCCCGAUCCUGAUGACAUAAUGACGCCGAGACAACAGGCGUUUUUCAACUUCAUGAUGGAUCAUCUGACAGUUGUUGACCCAAGUAACCUGGACAGUCACUUAGAAGAUUUGAAGGCGGAUGGAGUUACACGGGGAGUGUGGACAGCGGACUUUGUGCCAGACAGCUACCUGAGGAAGAAAAUGAAGACGUACAUUAAAGAAAGGCACACCAAAAUUUUUGAAAAGAGGGAACGCAUGAGACUGCAAAAGUUAGUUAAAAAACAAGUUUAGAUUUGUUAUGUUUUUUAAAAAAAUAGUUUAAUUUUAUUUUGUUCGAUUGGGAGUGGGGGGGGAGGGUUGUAUGUGUGGGGGUGUUCCUUGGUGUUCAAUUUUUUUAAUUUUUAAAUAGUUAUUGUUUUUUUGUGUGGGGGUGUUCUUGGGGGUUACAUUUUUUACAUUUAAAUAACUCAAUAAACAUUUGUAAUUGCU